AUGAGAGAAAACUACUACAGAAUUGCAAACGCCUUGUUAAUAUUUAUUAAACUAAUAUUAAGAGUUUUAGAUGAAACAACAAAUAUUUUGUAUGUCAUAGAAGUACCAUUUAGCAUAAUAUCACUUUAAAAAGCCUCCAUUUUCUUCUUAUUGUUCUCUCCAGUUUUUUAGUCUAUAUCUUGGGCUUUUAUUUAAGGCUAGAUAGAUCUAAUAACUCUUAGCCUAGAUAACAAAAAAGGAGGAUAUAUUUUUAAAAAAUUAGAGCUAAGUAAUUGGGCAGAUUAAUCUCCAAAUAUAUUUUCUUAUUAUGGCAGAUCAUUAGUAUUAUUUUUAUUUGAAUUGAGUUAUUAAAUUUACUAUAUCAUAAGAAAUUUACCUCAUGGAUUUCUUUAUGGAUUUUUUUCUGAAUUGAAAAUGUUGACCUUCUACUUCUAUUUUAAAAUGAAGGACAACAACUUGGUUACAGCUAGUUAUGAAGAUCUGUUUGUUAGAUAACUAAAGAAUGAGCUCGAAAAAGUAAGACUUGAAGUUUUAUCUAGAAUAAGAAAAGAUGUCAAUGAAUAUAAUCCUGAUGAACAACCUGAAUAAAAGUAUUUGACAUAAAAAACAACAAAGUAAUAAGUACUAAAUACUGGAGAAGAAACAGCUAAAUAUUCUGCAGCUAUAGUUGGAGGUGGAAGCUCUUAUGUUCAAUCAUAUCUACUAAAUUCCUUAUAAGGCAACUAAAACUACUCAGAAGGUAUAGAUGAAAUGGAAUAUUUUGAAAUUAUGAGAGUCUAAGGUAUCAUUUAUUUUAUGACAAACGAAAAAAUAUAGAAAAUUGCUAAAAUUUGUGAGUUUAUUGAAUUCAUUUUUGAGUCUUUACCCUUUUUGAUUCUUUAGUUUAUCAAUAACGAAGCAGAAGGCUGGGAAAAUAAUAGUAGGUCUCUUACAUUUGGAGCCACAUUCACUUUUAUUACAUCUUUCAUAUCUGCUCUUAUUAACACUAUUUAGCUGUUAAAUUUCCUUGUUUAAAAAGAAGGACUCUCUUUCUUAUUUAUGCAUCGUAUUUUUGCAAACAAUUAGAAAGAAUUAGAAACUUAUUACUCUUAAUCAGCAUCCCCAAAGAAUCAACCUGGCUCAGAGAUUCACAAAGAUACUCAAAGUGUUUAGUAAUAAAUGCAAUAACAAAUUAUAGACUAACAAAAUCAAUUGCAGUAAACUUAGUAUUAGCAACUAUUGCAAUAACAAGCUCUAUAGUAAUAACUAAUGUUUAUGCAAUAAAAUUCUUAAAAUGCUUGUUUUUGUAACAAUCCAGCAUGUUACAAUUUUGCUAACAUAUUCCCAACAACAAGAGGCUUCCACAAAUCAAGCUUAAAAUAGAGGUCAUAAUUAUUCUUAACAGGAACUAAUUCUUAUUAAGACCUAAAUAACCUUAUUCUUACUCCAGCUAACUCAGCAUAGACAUAUUAAGGAAAAAGAAGCAGUAACACUGUAAUCUAAAACUCUAUUUUUGGUGGUUCUGUAGCAUCUACAAUAAAUAAUACUCUAAAUAUAUUUAGCUUAAAUUAAUUGUUACCAUAGCAUUCACCCAAUAGAGUAGAUAGAGUAGGAAUGAAAUCUAUGACUUUCGAUAAUCUUAAUUUCGGAACUUAAAGAAAUGUUUAUAAUGAAAUGAACUAAAAUCACAUUUACACAAUUUAGAAUUUCAAAAGAGGCUCUCAUAACUAGCAAACAUAAAUAUCUGAAAUGCUGUAAUUUGAAAAUUAAAAUUAAUAAUAAAAAGCAAAAGAAAGUGAUACUCAUAAUACAAGUUAAAGAUAAGAUUAACAGUUAGAAACUGUAUUAGAAAACUAACCUUCAUUAUAAACAUAAAAUAUCUAACAAUAAUAACAGUAACAAAUAACUCUUCAGAACGCUUAGUAGUCCACUCAAGGUAAUUUAAAGCUCACUAAUAUAUAGAGCAUAUUAGAAAGUGAGAACGAAGAAAAUUUGUUAUAGAGAAGUGCUUAAAUAUUUAAUUAUAAUCAAGUUGAAGAAAGAAAAGAAAAAAUAAAACUACGUCCAAAUCUUUCUUUGAAUAUAAAUGGGCAUUUCUCAACCUAAACAGAUUAUAUUUCCCCACCUAAAAAGGUACAACUAAACUUGGUUCCUUAAAUUGGUUCUGAAAUAAAACCUGUGUAAAUGCCAUACCAGACUAAAGUUAUAAAGUCUAUGAAUAUGAUUGAAGAAAAUUUAGAAAAAAUUAAAGAAGAUCAAUCAUAAAACAAAAUUAAUACAGAGAUGGAAAGCAAUAAUUUGAUAAACGAGCCAAAUAAUAAUGGUAAUAAUAUAGGUUCAGCUUCCAAAAACAAAGACAAGUAAUUUUUUUUCCCAACUCAAACUCAAAUGGUAUCUCAGCCUUCUGAUGAAGGAUUAUCAGCAAAAGGCACUGAAACAAAAGCAGAAAUGAAUCCAACAAUAAAUAUCAUAGAUCUAGAAUAGGAGACGACUGAUUUAAAUAUAAAUAACAAUAAAAAAAACAGCCUCAACAUUAACAACAAUUUUAAUAAUACAAAUAACAUUUAACAGCUAUCAAAAAUGAAAAAUAGGUUUUUCCUAAAUCGUUAAUCCUCAGCUGAUGUAAAUAACCAAAUGAUGCUAAAACAGCCAAGCAAUAUCUAUAAAAAUUAGUUUGAAAAAAGAAUAAUUGUUAGAGAUAAGGAUAAUACACUUUUUGGUAACUAGAGUUUAGGAGGAACAAGCAUACAUCCAAGAGGAUCUUAAAAUUUUUAAAGUCAACACUAAAUUUCAUAAUAUUAACAAAAUUAAAAGAAUAUAAAACACAUGUAUUAGAAAAAGAGCCUUCUCGAUCUUGUCAAAAUAAAAAAAGAUAUUUCUAUAAUAAAAGUAUAUGACCCCAAAAAAGCAGAGGCAAUAAGCAUUCUUAAAUAAGCUAUAUCAAAUUAAAUAAAAGAGAUAACAUUUUCAUUCCCUAAGCAAAAGGUAAACUCUAGUGAUAUCAUCUAUUAUCUAACUAAAACUCAAAUUAUAAAUGUUGAGAGGUUUUUCUUAAAUUUGUGUGAUUGCAAUAUUAAAUCAAAUGAUAUUCACAAAAUUUUAGACAAACUUCUUGGAGAAAAAUAAAAAUUACAAAAAUUAAGAGCAAAAAGAUCAGGAUUGAUUUAAUCUCAACUCCAGAAAAUAUUUACAGAAAAAGGCAAAAUAAAAUAAAUCAAAGCAGAGCUUCAACAAUUUUAUUUAAACAUAGAUGAAAAUGAAAGUUUGAAAAAAGAUCAGAAUAAUAUCUUAAAAUAUUUCUCUCUUGAUCUAAAAUAAAUUGACCUCCUCUAACCAACUUAUUUUAUUAUUGAGUCUCCUUAUUCAAAAAAGAACAAAAAUUUAAAAAGAGUCUACUAGCUUAUUGACUAAUUAAAAGAUUCAUUUGAGAAAGCUGGUUAAUUGGAGAUUUCAUCAGAUUUAAUAUAUGAAAUGAGUUUAUGCUUUAAACGCUUUGGAGUUGGAAUUUUCAACGAUAAUGUUGUACCUUACUAUCCCUAUCAAAGCGAUAUAGUUCUGAUAUCUGAUAGAUUUGAUUUGGCAUCAAAUGAAGAUCUUGAGAAUUUUGGACAUGCCUGUAAAUGUCUUUGUUUGGCAGUCAAGCAAAUGAAUAUCUAUAAUAUGAGCUUCUUUACACUUUCAAAUAAAUAUAGAGUUUCAUUCUGGAAUAUUGCAUGCUAAGAUCUAAGUUCUUCUAAUGAAUUUUUCUAUAAGCUUGUUAAGGAAGCCAAAAAAAAUAUAUUUGCAAAGGGUAAAUUUGGCAACAACACAUUCAUAAUUAACGACUUUUCUAGAUUAAAUGAUGAUGACUAUGACAAUAACUUUAUUAUCAUGAGAGACGAAUUACAUGGAUUGAAUGAAUAAUCUGCAACCAACUUUAUUUAGCAAAUUAUGAUGAAAAAUCUUGAUGAAAAUGCCUAACCCUAAUAAUACUUUGAGUUUAUUGUUCUUAAGAAAGGUCACUAUGAAAAUCAAGAAUUAGUUACUGAGUAAAAUGUCAAUUUAUUUAUGGAAGAUGCUUGUCGUAUAUUGAUAGAAACUGCUGAUAUACAAUCACUUUUUAACAAAUUAAUUAAGAUUCAAGAAAAGCUAAUUUCUUUACGUCUACAAUUUAAAAAUAAAAUUGAUGUCUAGGAUAUAAAGUAAAUAUAAAGGUUUAAGAACAUAAAAUAUCUAUUCUUAGAGCAUUAAUCAUUUGAACACGAAGCCCCUAAAAAUCUACCUUAAGGAGUUAAUAAAAGAACUAUUGGCAACGAGUGCGCUAAAUCAAUAUCAGAUAGCUUAUAGAAUUUAUCAAAUUUAUAUGUUUUCGGGAUUAAGAUGAAAUCUAAUAAUUUAUCUUAUGAGGGAGUAAAACAUAUAGCAAAUGGGUUGUUUGAGUAACAAAAAUUGUGUAAGCUUAGCAUAGAUUUAACGUCAAAUUAUGUUGAUAAAGAAAGUUGCUAAGCACUCUCUUAAUCUAUAAAAAGCUUAGAUUAUUUAAAUGAAUUGGACUUAUAACUUGGAUCUAACUAAAUAGGAAAUGAAGGAAUGCAACACAUGUUUGAAGCAGUAUAGGAUUUAGAAUAAAUGACUCAAAUAUCUUAUGAUUUUAGUAAAAAUAAUAUCGAUCAUGAAUCUUGCAAUAUCUUAUAAGAAUAUUUAAAGUGUACAAGUCAGAUAUCUACUUUAUCAUUGAAUUUAUCUUAGAAUUCAUUGUCUAAAGAAGGUACUAUUGGUCUUUCAAACGGAUUAAAGAACCUUACUUCUUUGCAAAGUCUUCAUUUAUACUUAGACAAUAACAAAAUAGAAUAUGAAGGAGCUGCAGCUCUUUCAGAGGCUAUCAAAGAACUGAGAUAUCUCCAUACAUUAUAUUUGGACUUAAGCGAAAAUAAAAUAGGAAAGCAGAGUUGCUCGGUAUUAUCAGAAGGAUUCAAAUGUUUGUAUUCAAUGGUGACCUUUACGCUUAAGAUAAAGAAUAAUGAUAUAUAAGUACAAGGGAUUUCUUGUUUGCUUGAAAAUAUGAAAUAGCUUACUGGAAUGUAGUAGCUAACUUUAGACGUAGGAUGGAAUGAUAUAGGUAACGAAGGUGCUAAGGCUAUAGGUGUAGGAAUUAUGAAUUUUACUUAUCUUUAGCAAUUAAGUCUAACUUUAAGCAAAAAUGAAAUUAAAAUAGAAGGUGCUUAAUCAAUUUGUCAGGGGUUGAAAUUUCUUUCAAACUUAGAAAAUAUUUAUAUUGACUUGACGUGGAAUUAUAUUGGUGAUAAAGGAACUGUUUAUUUCUCAGAUGCCCUAAGUAAGAUGAAUAACUUGCAAACAGUCCAUUUAGAUUUUCACAAAAACUAAGUAUCUGAUUUUGGAGCUCAGAGUCUUGGAAAAUCUUUGAGACAACUUAAAAAGAUUACAGAUCUCCAUUUAGACUUAACAUCUAAUUAAAUUGGGUAGAGUGGUGCAGAAAGGCUUGUUCAUCAUGUGAGAAAACUCUACUUUUUGUAAAAGCUGAAUAUAGAUAUAAGUGACAACAAUUUCGACUACAAGCUAUUUGAUUGGAUUAAUCAACUAUGA